CGGUGACUUUGCGACUGAUUGUGCUUGCGCUUGUAGCCUAAGCCUGUGUCUGUGACAAGUGUCUGUGCCUGUUCCGGUCCUCGUGUCGACAGCAUCGUGGCCUUCGAGAGUCGCUUUCUCUGCUCUCGACCACUUCUGGCCUAUCUUCAAGCCAAAGGGGCGCAAUCUCAGCCAUUCUUUCGAUCGCGAUCUUGCGAGCUGCUGAAGAACAUCAUUUAAAACGCACUCUCACACAUUGUUGGUCAUUCGCCUGACUAUUCUCCUCCACGACUUGUGUGGGAAAGCUGGGAUCUGAGCGGCGUCGAAGGGAAUCGAGGUGCCAGUCGUGUAUGGGCAGAAGUCCGUGUAUAACGCUUCGAGAUCUUUGGGCCCCUAAAUUUGGCCUCUCCUAAAUCCAGCGCAAGGAAAAAGGGGAACUGGACCGGAAAAAAUUACGAUCAGGCGGCGUGCCUACAUACAUCUAUCGCCAGUCACGAGGACAGAACGCUGUGCUGACCAUAUUCUCCCUUGCGAUCCAGCUGCUCCGGCCUCCCACCCUUCAGCCAAACGGAGCAAAAAGAGAUGACCGUCUCAGAUGCCGAUGCGCCUCCGAAAGUCUCAAGCCAUGUUUCAGAUCCGCUGCUCCAACCAUUGCUCCAGCCAAGUUUUGAUCCCGCUGAUUAUUUGAACUCGACAUUGCCCACGUUAGCGAUUGGGUCCCAAGGCACCGCCGGACGAAAUACUUCGUUGGCGAAGACGGGCAGCUUGGCUGAUGUUUCUUCCCACGCCCAAACGCUUCUCUCUCAACUCAAUGCGCAAAUUUCGAGACUCAGCACAGUCCUCACGCAGUUGACAGAUGACAUCAUACGCAGUGGCAGCAGACUUGCGUAUGAAGUUGAUUUGUUGCGAGGUGAGAGUCUCAAUCUAUCCGAACUCGUCGAUGACAAGUUGAAAACCCACAUACAACUCUUCACUUCGACAGGAUCCACGGACCAGGCGACUAAAGAUGCAGAGGAACAAACAGAGCCGUCUGACCAGUCUGAACCACAGUACAUCUCGCAACUACGCGUGCUGACCAAAGUUCGACAACGCUUAGACGGCGUCAUCAAGAUAUUUGGGGAAGCUAUGAAAUGGACUCUCCCGCCAUCUGACAUAUCAAUAGCAUCCUCCUUCAUUACAGUGUCCGCGCCAGAUCCUGGUUCCGACAGUCAGAGCAGAGAGCAGAAGGGUAAAGAAUUCGCCGAGAGACUUCGCACGGAGAUUGCGGAUUUGGUGCUAAAUGCUGAGGACCCGAAGACCGGACUUGCUGCGGCACAGGCGCGUAUUGAUGCUCUUCGUGAUUUGGCGCAGGUGUGGAAGGGAACGGCCGAGGAGAAAGCGCGGAUCAGGUUCGUGGACAACUUGACGAAGCUGGCCGAGGAGCGACUUCGCGAGCUGGAACGAGGAGGCCGCUUUGCAACCAACAAGACUUCGUCACCGAGGAAAUCCACAGGGAGCACUCGCGCAGGUUCUAGAGAGGAUAAGGAGGUUGGUUUUUUGGAAAAUUUGUAUAGACUAAAAAAUUGCGAAUAGCAUGUCACAACCUCGAUUUGGUUGAAGUCAGUCGCUCGCGUUGUCGAGACCGCC